AUAAGUAGCCGUAGUUCUAGAAAGAAGGAAGCGUCUGUCGGUUGGCACGUGCUUAUACCACUGCACUGUAAUUGGCUUUGCCUCUGCUCGUGUCCCAUUUCAAUUCCCAGCAUCAAUUCCACACACCCUCUCCUAACCACCACUCAACACAAAUCUCACCAAAAAAAAACCGUUUUUCCUUUUUUAUCUUUCUGUUUUUAUUCUUGUAUUAUUUGUUUAUUUCACUUUACAGCUCAAGCUCCGCAUUCUUCUUCACAGAUCAGAGAUCAGAAUCUUAAGAAUGCAAAUUCGUUUCUUUCAUGGUUGCUGAUUGCCAUCAUCGACUAAAUAACCAUAUGUUACACAGGAAUCAUUUGGAGUUUGGCGUAUCAGAUGAUUUAUAACACCUAUUUUAUGCUUGUUGAGUGCCACUAUGGGCAUGAUUCCAGUAGAAUGUAGAGGACUAUGGCUUCUUUACAUUACACUGCUUUUUAUCUUAUUAAGGAAAUCCAGAGCCAUCAAUGCUGAUGGUCAGGCUCUUUUAAACUUCAGGACGGCAGUGGUUAAUUCAGAUGGUAUCCUUACUCAUUGGAGACCAGAGGACCCUGAUCCUUGUAACUGGAAAGGAGUGGAAUGUGAUAAAAAUACCAAGAGAGUAAUAACUCUGAGUCUUACCAAUCACAAAUUGAGUGGACCAAUAGCAACUGACCUUGGGAAGCUAGACCAGCUAAAGUUCCUAACUCUUCAUAACAACAACUUUUAUGGGGAAAUGCCUUCAGAAUUGGGAAAUUGCACACAGUUGCAGGCCAUAUUGUUGCAGAGUAACUAUUUAAGUGGAUUAAUCCCAGAUGAAUUAGGCAACCUAUCGAAGCUUCAAACUCUGGAUAUCUCAGGCAAUUCGCUCAGUGGUUCUAUUCCUCCUUCACUUGGUAAAUUAGAGACACUUGAAACCCUGAAUGUAUCAAACAAUUUUUUGGUUGGACCGAUACCAUUAGAUGGAGUUCUUUCCAAAUUUUCUGAAAGCUCCUUCUUUGGAAAUCGUGGUUUGUGUGGGAAGCAAAUUCAAGUGACUUGCAAAGAUGAUGAUACUGACUCUGGAACAAAUGCUCAAUCUCCUAAUUCUGGUCAAAAUCAAGGUGGAAAGAAGAACUCAGGCAGGCUGCUUAUUAGUGCAUCAGCUACAGUGGGUGCACUACUUCUGGUGGCACUAAUGUGUUUUUGGGGUUGCUUUCUUUAUAAGAAGUUUGGUAAAAAUGAAGGCAAAAGUCUUGCAAGGGAUGUUGGUGGAGGUGCAUCAAUUGUUAUGUUUCAUGGAGACUUGCCAUAUUCUUCAAAAGACAUUAUCAAGAAAUUGGAAACUUUGAAUGAUGAACACAUAAUAGGGGUUGGGGGCUUUGGAACAGUUUACAAGUUCGCAAUGGAUGAUGGCAAUGUAUUUGCUUUGAAAAGAAUUGUAAAGUUGAAUGAAGGCUUUGAUCGAUUUUUUGAAAGGGAGCUUGGAAUUCUUGGAAGCAUAAAGCAUCGUUACUUGGUGAAUUUGCGAGGAUACUGCAAUUCACCUACAUCAAAGUUAUUGAUUUAUGACUACCUUCCCGGUGGCAGUCUUGAUGAAGCUCUUCACGAAAGAUCUGAACAGUUAGACUGGGAUGCACGCUUGAAUAUUAUAAUGGGUGCAGCGAAAGGGUUGGCCUACUUGCAUCAUGACUGUUCUCCUAGGAUCAUACAUCGUGACAUAAAGUCCAGCAACAUCUUGCUUGAUGGCAAUUUGGAGGCUCGGGUAUCUGAUUUUGGACUUGCCAAACUGUUAGAGGAUGAAGAAUCACACAUAACAACCAUCGUUGCAGGAACAUUUGGCUACUUGGCGCCAGAAUAUAUGCAAAGUGGUAGAGCUACUGAAAAGACUGAUGUUUACAGUUUUGGUGUCCUGGUGCUUGAAGUCCUAAGUGGAAAGCGCCCGACUGAUGCUUCAUUCAUCGAGAAGGGCCUCAACAUUGUUGGCUGGUUGAAUUUUCUGAUAUCAGAAGAUAGGCAACGGGAGAUCGUUGAUACAAACUGUGAAGGGGUGCAGGCUGAAAGUCUUGAUGCCCUACUCUCAGUAGCUACACAGUGUGUUUCUUCUAGCCCUGAUGAUCGACCCACCAUGCACAGGGUGAUCCAAUUACUUGAAUCUGAGGUAAUGACCCCAUGCCCAAGCGACUUUUAUGAUUCUGAUUGAAAGCCUCAUGGACACACCAAGUUUGCAACGAAGUCAAUGUGGUUUCCAGUUAUUAGAGGAGUCUACCGGCAUCGAAGAGUAGCCAAGAGUCUGCAACAUUUUAACCUCGCCAUUUCCAUUCGAUCAUUCUUUGUGCAGAUUUAUGCCAUUGAGAUUUGCAGUGCCGUCCACUUGGGUUAAUUUUAUACUUAUGGUGUUUUCCAUUUUGCAUGGCAGCAUGCAGACAGUUAUUUCUCCACGUGAUUGGAAGUCCCAAUACUGGUCUGAGUCGUUUCUUUUUCAUAUUCCUUUUUUUAUCUUUUUAUUUUUCUAUUUUCAUAAAAAAAAAAAAAUUGUAGUUAUUUUUGCAAUUGAUCUCUCUAAUUAAGUGUAUAUGGCAUUUGUAUAAAACCAAAAUUUGACCCUCUCCGAUUCGUGCCAUUUUUGUAUAAUCUGUUUAUUUACAUAA